AUGACAACAUCCACAAAAGAAGGCGGCUGUGCACAGUAUGUGGGACCAUACCGUCUAGAGAAGACACUGGGAAAAGGGCAGACAGGGCUGGUAAAGCUGGGGAUUCACUGUAUUACAGGACAGAAGGUUGCAAUAAAGAUUGUGAACCGGGAGAAGUUGACUGAAUCGGUCCUCAUGAAGGUGGAGCGGGAGAUUGCCAUUCUGAAGCUGAUCGAGCACCCGCACGUGCUGAAGCUCCAUGAUGUAUACGAAAAUAAGAAAUAUUUGUACUUAGUGUUAGAACAUGUAUCCGGAGGGGAAUUGUUUGAUUACCUUGUCAAGAAGGGGAGAUUGACACCAAAAGAGGCUCGCAAAUUCUUCCGACAAAUUCUAUCCGCACUGGAUUUCUGUCACAGUCACUCUAUAUGCCACAGAGACCUGAAGCCAGAGAACCUACUCCUGGACGAGAAGAACAACAUUCGCAUUGCGGACUUUGGAAUGGCUUCACUGCAGGUUGGCGACAGUCUCCUGGAGACCAGCUGCGGUUCUCCACAUUAUGCCUGUCCGGAAGUCAUCAGGGGGGAGAAGUACGAUGGCCGUCGGGCGGACGUGUGGAGCUGCGGUGUGAUACUCUUUGCACUCUUGGUGGGAGCUUUGCCGUUUGAUGAUGACAACCUCCGACAGUUGUUAGAGAAGGUGAAACGAGGGGUCUUCCACAUGCCGCACUUUAUUCCGCCCGACUGCCAGAAUUUACUGCGGGGCAUGAUCGAAGUGGACGCAGAGAAACGCCUCUCACUGGAACAGAUUCAGAAGCACACCUGGUAUCAAGGCGGGAAAAAUGAGCCAGAACCAGAGCAGCCGAUCGCGCGGAAGGUGAUGAUCCGGAGGCUGCAGUCUGUGAGCGACAUUGAUCCGGACGUCCUCGACAGUAUGAACUCGCUUGGCUGUUUUAGAGACAAGAACAAGUUGAAACAGGAUCUCCUGUUUGAGGAAGAAAACCAGGAGAAAAUGAUCUACUUCCUGUUACUAGACAGGAAGGAGCGGUAUCCGAGCUGUGAGGAUGAGGAUUUGCCACCCCGGAACGACAUUGACCCUCCCCGGAAGCGGGUUGACUCGCCCAUGCUGAACCGUCACGGUAAACGGCGGCCCGAGAGGAAGUCGAUGGAGGUGCUGAGCGUGACGGACGGUGGUUCCCCGGUGCCCGCUCGCCGCGCCAUUGACGUGGCCCAACACAGUCAGCGGUCAAGGUCAGUCAGUGGAGCAUCCUGCGGCCUCUCCUCCAGCCCCCUCAGCAGCCCCAGGAGCCCUGUCUUUAGCUUCUCGCCCGCCUCACCUGAGCACGACACUUGUCAGGACUUCUCGCCGCAGCCCGGCACCGUGUGGCAGUCGAAACUCGCGCACCAACACCACCAGCACCGUCCGCCUGACCCCAAGACGCAAACUCUGCCAGCCAAGGCUAGUCUGAGCGAGAAGCCAUUGCAACCCAUCCGCUCCAACCCUCUGCCCAUCAACCUGGCUGCCACCUCUCCUUCCCAGAGCCCACCAUGCCACCACCCCUCUGUGCCAUCUCCACUGCACCACUCCAUCCCCCCACCCUCCUUCAUUCCCUCUCCCCCCGCUCGAUUUUUCCCAGGUACUAAAACGAGCGCCAAAUCUAUCCCUGCCACACAGGUGACCCCUCACCCCUCCCCUAGAGGCAGCCCCCUCCCCACCCCGCUGGGAACCCCCGUCCACACGCCAAAGGAGAGUCCCACCAGCACGCCCACCGUGACCCCGCCGUCCAGCCCUGGGGUUGGAGGAGUGCCCUGGAGGACCCGCCUUAACUCCAUCAAGAACAGCUUCCUCGGCUCGCCCCGCUUCCACCGGAGGAAGCUGCAAGUACCAACUGAGGAAAUGUCCAGCCUGACGCCUGAAUCAUCACCAGAACUCGCUAAGAAGUCGUGGUUUGGAAACUUCAUUAACCUGGACAAAGAGGAACAAAUAUUCGUCGUCAUUAGAGACAAGCCUUUGAGCUCAAUCAAAGCAGACAUUGUGCACGCCUUCCUCUCAAUUCCCAGCUUGAGUCACAGCGUCAUCUCUCAGACGAGUUUCCGUGCGGAGUACAAAUCGGUUGGCGGUCCAACCGUCUUCCAGAAACCUGUGAAGUUCCAAGUGGAUAUCACGUACGCGGAAGGGAGUGAAGCACAGAAGGAAAAUGGGAUUUAUUCUGUCACGUUCACGUUAAUGUCAGGGCCCAGUCGCAGGUUUAAGAGAGUUGUGGAAACAAUCCAAGCGCAAUUAUUAAGUGCCCACGAUCAACCCUUGGUUCAGGCACUUGCAGAUGAAAAGAACGGCCAAUUUAGUCAUCCUUCAGGAACUCCAAUCCGAGGCGCCCAAAGCAUGCCCAGAGCGUGGAACGAUUCAGAGUCCGUGGAGCAUUUCAAACGAGGUGACUCCAAACAUUCAUCCUCCUUGAAAGAGAAACCCAAGCUUUUAUCUUCCAAUGGCACACAAAGUCAGCCGUAAUAAAA